GCGGCGGGGGCGGGGCCGGCCUCACCCCGGAAUGAAAAUAAACGGCGGCGUCCGUCGCAUCCGGGCACUCGGCGGGUCGCUGCUGGCGCGGUUGUGUCGCAGGAUGGCGCAAAAGAAGUAUCUCCAAGCAAAAUUGACCCAGUUUUUAAGGGAAGACAGAAUUCAACUUUGGAAACCUCCUUAUACAGAUGAGAAUAAAGAAGUUGGUUUGGCAUUGAAGCACCUUGCUAAGAAGUACUCUGACAAGCUAGAAUGUUGUGAAAAUGAAGUAGAAAAGAUAAUAGAAGAAAUACGUUGCAAAGCAAUUGCGCGUGGCACAGGCAAUGAACACUAUAAAACAACAGGAAUUGCUACAAUUGAAGUCUUUUUACCAGCACGAUUUAAAAAAGACAGGAAGAACUCGUUGGAGACUCGACUGCACAUCUCGGGCAGAGAGCUGAGGUCUAAAAUAGCUGAAACCUUUGGAUUUCAAGAAAAUUAUAUCAAAAUUGUCAUAAAUAAGAAACAACUUCAACUAGAGGAGACACUUGCGGAACAGGGAGUGACCCAUAAUGUAAAAGCUAUGGUGCUCGAAUUAAAGCAGUCUGAGGAGGACGCGAGAAAAAACUCCCAGGUGGAAGAGGAAGAGCAGAAUGAAGCCAAACAGAAAGAAAAGAGAAUUCAGAGGACGAAGAGAGGACUGGAGAUACUGGCAGAGAGAGCUGAGAUGGUGGUGGAUCCAGAAACCACACCGUAUCUAGACAUAGCCAACCAGACGGGCAGGUCCAUCAGAAUCCCUCCGUCAGAGAGAAAAGCCCUUAUGUUAGCUAUGGGAUAUCAUGAGAAGGGCAGAGCUUUCCUGAAACGAAAAGAAUACGGAAUAGCCUUGCCAUUUCUGUUGGACGCUGACAAAUAUUUCUGCAAGUGCUGCACGGAGCUGCUGGAUACAGUGGACAACUACGCGGUGCUCCAGCUGGACAUAGUGUGGUGCUACUUCCGCCUGGAACAGCUGGAAUGCCUGGACGAUGCAGAGAAAAAGUUAAGCUUGGCCCAGACAUGCUUUAAAAAUUGUUAUGGAGAAAAUCAUCAGAGACUGGUCCACAUAAAAGGAAAUUGCGGAAAAGAGAAAGUCUUGUUUUUAAGACUUUACUUGCUUCAAGGCAUCCGAAAUUAUCACAGUGGACGUGGUGAAGAGGCUCGUGACUAUCUCAACAAGGCACGCCAGCUCUUUAAAGAGCUCUAUAUCGAUCCAUCAAAAGUUCACAGUUUGAUGCAGUUGGGAUUUACUGCUCAGGAGGCUCGGCUUGGCCUGAGGGCCUGUGAUGGGAACGUGGACCACGCAGCUGCCCACAUCACCAACCGCAGAGAGGAACUGGCCCAGAUCAGGAAGGAAGAAAAGGAGAAGAAGCGGCGCCGCCUGGAGAACGUCAACUGUCUGAAAGGGAUGGGCUACUCCGCUCACGCGGCCAGGCAGGCGCUGCACCAGGCCGCCGGCAACCUGGAGGAGGCCCUCAAGAUUCUUAUCAGUAACCCUCAGCUGUGGUGGUUAAAUGACUCCGAUCCUGAAACCAACAGCCACCAAGAAAGUCCUUCUCAGGAGAACAUCGACCAACUGGUGUACAUGGGCUUCGACGCGCUGGCGGCAGAGGCGGCCCUGCGGCUGUUUAGGGGGAACCUCCAGCUGGCAGCGCAGACCCUGGCUCACAACGGCGGCGGCCUCCCUCCCGACCUGCAGCUCGCGGCGGAAGACUGUUCGUCAUCCACGCCGUCCACGUCCCCGUCCGAUUCCGCAGGGACCUCUAGCGCCUCGACGGAUGAAGACAUGGAGACGGAGGCCGUCAAUGAGAUUCUGGAAGAUAUUCCAGAACACGAAGAAGACUAUCUUGACUCGACUCUGGAAGAUGAGGAAAUUAUUAUUGCCGAGUACUUAUCCUAUGUAGAAAACAUCAAGGCAGCAGCAAAGCAAAACUAAGCGAUGAACAGAAAUAAGUACUUCAGUUUCUGCUUAUAAAUUCUAUCAUUAUGACACGU